AUGGCUACAGCAGAGCUGUCUCAGGAGCUGGAAGCAUCUGAGCAGGACGAUGAAGAAAGGGAGAAAACGUCUGGUUUGCCUGAUCCUGGGCAAGCGUCCCCCAUAUGCAAUGAUGAAGAUGACUGUGCAACAUCCCCAGAGGAAGCAGAGAGCCCAAGAACCAGCAACGACCCAGAUGAGGACAACUGCUGGGACUCCCAGGAAGUCUUUGUGAGCUCCCCUUGCUCAGUCUCCUCUUACCCAGGGAGUGAGAACGAAGAGGAGAAUCCAGAUGCUGUGGAGUCGCGGGUGCCUUUGUCAGGAGUUUGCAGAAGGAGUAUGUCCUCAGACAUUAAGGACAGGGAAUACCACGAGAAAAAGGGGAAAAGCUAUUUUGGAGAAAGAUGGACUAGCCCCCCUUCCUACAUAGAAAUCCUGGGGCGUGCUCAAGACUCUACAAUCCACCAGGGACCCAGUCCCUAUAUCAAGGAGCACAGGAAAAUCCUUAUGGCCAGACCCUCCAACCUCAUUAGCCGGCAGAGACUUCACCAGGGCAAGAAGCUCCACCAGUGUGCUGACUGUGGGAGAGGCUUCGGUGCCUUCUCAAUCCUUGUCCGCCACCAGAGGACCCACAUUGUGGGGAAACCCCACAAAUGUCCCGAUUGUGGGAAAGGAUUUGGCCACAGCUCGGCCCUCAUCACCCAUCAGCGUAUCCACACAGGGGAAAAGCCAUACGCAUGCAACGAGUGUGGGAAAAGCUUCAACGUCGUGUCCAACCUUCUCCGCCACCAGAGGAGCCACACCGGAGAGAAGCCUUACCAGUGCCCCGACUGUGGGCGCUGCUGCAGCCAAAGGUCCCACCUGAUCACCCACCAGCGCCUCCACACUGGGGAGAGGCCUUACCAGUGCCCGGAGUGCGGGAAAAGCUUCAAUGUCAGCUCUGACCUGAUCAAACAUCGGCGAAUCCACACGGGCGAGAAGCCCUACGAGUGCCGUUAUUGCGGGAAGCGCUUCGGCGGCAGCUCCAACCUCAUCACACACCAGAGGCUCCACACAGGUGAGAAGCCCUACGUCUGCCCUGAGUGCGGGAAAAGCUUCACCAUCAGCUCCAAGCUGAUCACCCACCAGCGCAUCCACGUGGAGGAGAAGCCGUUUGACUGCGCAGACUGUGGAAAGAGCCUUGCCGCGCGGCCCCACCCGGCCAGGCAGCAGCCGAGCCCCUACCGCCGGGAGAAACGCUUCAAGUGUGCGGACUGUGGGAAGAGUUUUACCACCAGCUCCUAUCUCAUCACCCACCAGCGUACCCACACGGGGGAGACCCCCUACAUCUGUGGGGACUGUGGGAAAAGCUUCACGGUCAUCUCCAACCUGGCCAGGCACCAGAGGAUCCACACGGGUGAGAAGCCCUAUACAUGCCUGGACUGUGGAAGAAGCUACAGCCAGCGGGCCCACUUGACGACGCACCUGAGAGUCCACACCGGGGAGAAGCCCUAUGUCUGCUCCGACUGUGGAAAGAGCUUCAAUGUCAACUCCUCUCUCACUAAGCACCGGAGAAUUCACACUGGUGAAAAGCCCUACGUGUGUCCUGACUGCGGGAAAUCUUUCAGCCAGAGCUCCAACGUCAUCACUCAUCGGAAGCUCCACCACGGAGGUAGCCCCCUUGGUAGCCCCAUUAGGGUCCUUCAGAUCCAGUAA